AGGGUUUGGGGAAGUUCAGAAUUGUAUCUUAUUAUAUGCUCUUCUUGAUGUUUUCAGAUGUUACUGAGAAUUUCCAAUUUUGAUUGUAUUAAAGGGAUGUUAUCUUGUAUAUUGCUGUCUGAGAGAGAAUUUAAGCCCCUUGACAUUGGUUUUCUUGAUAUGAAAUACUGAUACAAGGCCUUUAAAGUUUUAGAAUUACUGUUUGUGUGGGAACUUUGUUUAGAUCAUGGUAUAUUUUGAGACUAGAGAAAGUAGUACAGUGAUGGGUCUUAAAUAUACUUUCCCUCUGAUUGUUAUUGGAUUUUCAAAUUUAGAAAUUUUUGCUCUUAAAUUCUUUUUUAAAGGUAAAUCUGAGUCUUAAUCUGUUUUGUUGCAGGUGUCAAACCACCCAUAGGAAUUCUGACGUUUGAGUCAUUACAAAUGAGAAACUUAAAAAAAAAAAUUGAUCCAGCCUUGGAAUUGGAUCCUUGGCCCACACCAAAUCAGACUGGGAAAUUGUUCUUGAAAUCAUGAAUCCUGUUUAUAGCCCGGGUUCUUCUGGGGUUCCCUAUGCAAAUGCCAAAGGAAUUGGUUAUCCAGCUGGUUUCCCCAUGGGCUACGCAGCAGCAGCUCCUGCCUACUCCCCCAACAUGUACCCUGGAGCGAAUCCUACCUUCCAGACAGGUUACACUCCUGGCACACCUUACAAAGUGUCCUGUUCACCCACCAGCGGGGCCGUGCCACCGUACUCCUCCUCCCCUAACCCCUACCAGACCGCUGUGUACCCCGUGCGAAGUGCCUACCCCCAGCAGAGCCCGUACGCACAGCAAGGCACGUACUACACCCAGCCCCUGUAUGCAGCACCCCCUCAUGUCAUCCACCACACCACGGUGGUGCAGCCCAAUGGCAUGCCGGCGACGGUGUACCCUGCUCCCAUUCCUCCGCCUAGAGGCAACGGGGUCACCAUGGGCAUGGUGGCAGGGACCACUAUGGCCAUGUCAGCGGGUACCUUGCUGACUGCCCACUCCCCAACUCCUGUGGCCCCCCACCCCGUCACUGUGCCCACGUAUCGGGCCCCAGGAACACCCACCUACAGCUAUGUGCCCCCUCAGUGGUGAUCACCCUGCAAACGUUUGCAGAUGGAGCUGUGCAGUCACAUCGUGGAGGUUCCACAGCUGGUGCUGCAGGCCUUGUGCCUCCAACCAGGACUUUCUUCUUAAUGCUCUCGACACUUAGCUAAACACUACUACGGCCGGCCUGGCAGGUCCCAGCGCCCUCAGUCUCCAACUGACUCUGUGGGUUGGUCUUAAAGCAGAUCCUGUUUGGUGGGCUGCCAGGCAAUUUUUUAGCUAACUAUAAUGAUAAAAAGGGAGUAUUAAUCUAUUCUGAAUCAUAUCUAGUUGAAUGCAUGUUAAAACAAACAAACACACACAAAAACAAAGCUUGCUUAAUCUACCUGCAGUGACUGAUGCAGAACCAUCAUAUGCAAAACCCAAAGGAAUGGAAAAGUAUUUUACAACUUGUCACUAAUGCACUGUUGUAAUGUAUGCAGAGUCUUAAAGUUAUGUGUUCAAGUGAAUUUCUUCAUAGAGCAUCUGAAAUCUCUUUGAUUCUUCAGCCUUUUGGGGUUGAUGUGGGUUGCCAGUUGGAAACAUGGACUUCGAGUUUCCAGCCAUCUGUUCCUUCUGUGCUGACUGCACUGGGAGAGUCACAGGGACGGGGAGAGUGUGGGGAGGCCACCGCUGCUUGGGGUGCAGCCAGGUUUACUGGCUUUCUCUGCACUUAGGCUUGCGGGGCCAGUGUGAUGGGAUGCUCUUAGGGGUCGCCGCAGAUCCGGUUAGGGACAAGAGGUGGUUUCUGUACCAGCGAAACAAUUUUCUGUGCCAUCUGUUUUCAUCACAAAUCUCCUACAGAUAGAGAUGAUGUUUUCUAAUCUUUAUUGGUAAAGUCCUGUUCAGAGCUAAAUUACUUUCCUGGGAUGGUGGACAUGUGAAAGAGGAACAGCCACACUUGGAGGAGGUAUUGACCUCUUCUUUAUUUAGCUUAGAGAAAUCAUCGCUUUUUUUUCUUUUUCCUUUUUUUCUUUCUUUUCCUGAGAAAUGUUUGAGUCACCUGAAAACAUGUCAGCAUUGCUGUUCUCCCUCCUACAAAGAAGGGCAAAGACUUCCGCUGUGUGUUAUGAAGAAAGCUGCAUAUUUAAGAACCGUUAAAAGGGAACAAAACCUUUUUUGGUAUUGAUUGUUUCUUGUAGAGAGGCAGGGCUGUGGCUAUGUUUAGGCCCAUCCACUUGAAUGGGGACUUGUCCUCUGAGACCGUCUGGAGGGGACUCGUGGACAUGGGUGUGGGGGAAGGGCUGGGGCCUGUAGUCUGGGAGCCCCUUCUGCCGUCUCUUCUUGCGGCUGAGGACACCCAGCACAAAACAGGUGUGGACAGCAAAGGGCCAGGCCACAGCAGAACAUGUCUGCCUGCCAGAAUUUAAUACAGAAAGGUUUUUGUGUUUAAAAUCUGAGUAUUGUACAUAAGAAACCAAGAGGAUUUUUUUGCCUGAAUGGGUCCAACUUGUAUCAGUGGGGGUGUGGGUGUGUGGGUGCGUGUGUGUCUGUCUGUCCUCAGAUGGAGUCACAGAGGGCGGGGGGGUGGGUAAGGGUCUGCUUCCUUCUAGCAGUCUUUCGGGGGUGGGGGAACCCCUGCUCCACCCCAUCGUUGUUUCAAGCGCUGUGGGCCUCAGUUGGGGAGGGGACCUUCCUCUUCCUACAGCUCUGGCAGCUGGUCAGGGCUCUGGCACUGGGGUGGCAUUCAGCCCCUGUUAGUGAGUGGGACACCUGACCCCGAGUCUUUGGGAACCUUAUUUUUUAUAGUAAGUACUCUUCAUAAUUUUCUUUUUCACAUUUUAUUUUAUAAGACGUUUAGGAAUUUUUUUGCAUGGAUCAUUGUAAACAGAAGAUCUAUUUCUAAUGUCUGUAACAUAGUGUGUUUACUGAUAAGUACUUUAAAUUGCUUCAAGAGCACUUAACCCACGUGUGUGUAUGUGUGUGUGUGUGUGUGUAUAUGUAGCAGCCAUUUACCGCAGGCACACUGUCCGCUGCUUCAACUCUCUGUUGGUAAUUUCAUCUAUAUAGUGGACAGUUUGCAAUAUCUAUGUGUUCUGAUGGUUCCAGGGGCUAAACUGAUCUAGUAACAGAGAAGUCGGUUUCCCCAGUUUAGUGUAAUAAGUUAGGAGAAAAUAUGAUUUUAGUGUAUGCUUGAAAAAAAAAAGUCCCAGACAGUGCAUGUGCGUGCACACACACAUACACACACACAGGAUUACCUGUAAGGCUUGGAGGCAUUUGAAUUCAGGAGGAAGUUAUGAGAAAUUAUAGAGGCUGUUUCUUCAGGCUUGCCUGAGACUUGGCACACAUAGGGUGAGUGUUUUCAAGAGUACUGAAGUAAAUGGUGUUUUCAAGAGAAAGAAAAGAGUGGGUUGCGUUUUCUCCCCAUUUACAUCAGCUUUAGAAACACUCCCCCCGUAAUUUCUAAAAAAUUAUUUCCCUUUUGUGAAAUUGAGUUGGGAGACUUCAUCAAAUACUUUUGCAUUAUGGAAUACAUCUGUGUGGAAAUCUUUGAAACUAUCAGGGUAUCAAGCUAUCAAAUAUGAAAGGUAGAUCUUGUCUAGCAGGUAAGAACCUGGACAUAAUGAAUAGUAACAGAACUAUCAUGUUGUAAUUUUAGCAGCAUUUAGUUCCAGUAAAAUUAAUUAAGGAAUAGAGCUUUUGUUAUAAAGUUGCAUAAUUUGAUAUCCUAAGCACAAUAAUAGAACAUUCAGAGAUCUUGCAUUUUUUAUAUGUGACAUUCCUAAUUUGAGAGUCUUUUAGCUAAAUUAUUUUAGAAGUUGAGACAGGCAGGUAAAGGAACUAAUUCCUAUAAACAUAGAUAACAUCAUGGUUAUUUUUAAAAAUUAUGUUCUGCAUCGCUCCCCUAUGGUUUAGAAGGUAUGUUUCUCUGCUUAGGGAAAUCUUGUUUGGAUCUGGGCCAGGUGACUGAACGUUUCAGGAUGAGUGAUGGUCUCAUCAGCUUGCUGCCUCUGAGAAGUGAGGCCAACAUCAGGACCAGGGCCAUUUGUGGUGACAAGUACAGAGGCGCUUCCAGAAUCUUCUGUGUCUCUGUGUUCAGUCUUUUCUCAGCAUUCUUGUUGGUUUGGUUAUUAGGCCUACCAGUUGUGUUAUGUGACUGUUUCUUGAGUGCUAUGCAAAUGUAGUAUUUACAGGAGCUGAGAGUGGUCUUGAGCCUUGGGCUGGACACCUGGUCAGUAUGUGCUCUGCCCUUCCCAGGCUGGGCAUGCAAUCCCUUGCUCCAUCUGCUGGCAUCAGCACUUCAAACAAGAGGAAAUAGAUCCCUGGGGUUUGGGAUGUACUAAUCUCUGGUAGUGCUGUCCUGCCAGCAGGUGGUGAAAGGAUCGUAGGUACCAGACACAUAAGUAUUGGGGCCUGCUUUUUAAGGAAUGCCCAGACUUCUUCACCUGUCGUUUGUAAACAUUGGCAACAGUAUUACUCUGACUGGUUGGGCCACCUUCUCCCUAUCUGGCAGCUAACGGCUGGAUGCCUCAGUUCUUGCCAGCCUGGGCAUCGCCCAGACAGGACACCUGUCUGACAUCCUGUGGCCAUGCAAGGGCAGGCUUAAGAGUGUGGGGCUUGAGGUGGGGGACAGUUUCUGGUUCUUUUGGUGCUUUCCAAGGAAGGGGGUGUGUCUCUAGAGAGGAGUGGUUGGCUUAGGGGAAAGGCGGCCCGCAUAACCCUCCUCUCUAGCACGUUUCAAAUAUUGAUGUGUUUUUUUCUUCUGAGUUGUUUAUUACUCAACCUGAGCUUUCUGAAAAGAGCCUGCAGAUGACAUGCUGCAGAGGAGGGGCUGAUCUUUUCAGGUAGAAAGUUGGAGAAUUGAUCUUACAUGUUUCAGAGGGUUUCUCUCUUUCCCCACCCUAUUCACUUGAAGAACAGAAAACCUCCCAGGUAGUCAUUUGAAAUCCCCAGGACCAACAUCGAGUCAGUUGGGACAGGGAGACCGAGGAGAGGCUGGCAUCUCUGUACAGGGAGCCUGCAGUGAGCUUCAGGGGAUGCUGUGCUCCCAGGAUUGGUGUGUAGGAGAUGACAUCUUGGCCUCCUGAGCCCUGUUGGAGUUUCCUGUAGGUCCUCAUGCAGGCCAGUGGUCGGUAGAAGAGUUGGGCUGGACCUGAUGCCAGCUCUCACAUGUUCCUGGCGGGGUUACUGUGAUAGCCACUCAAGAGAGACCCCAGGGAGCCACUGUUACUGACUAGGAAACGGUUUCUUUUGUUCUUUCUUUUUUUUUUAAAUGAUUUUUGAAUACUGUUUUUUUAGACCAUUCUCUUAGUACUUUUUAAAAACUUAAGUCAGCAUUGUCUUCCAGUGUUAAAGGCACCCCUCACCUCUGCAUUGAACUUAAGGUGUCAAUCAAUACAAAGGAAUGGAACAUCCAUCCUGAGCCAAGUCCAUUGUGUGUAAAUUCAUACUAUUUUAAUUUUUUUAUGCAAUCUGAUGAGUAGAUGAGCGCAGAUUUAAAAUUCUUAAAAGCACGUUUAUUGUAACAAGAAUUGUAAUGUAUUAAUACUGCAGUUUUCAAUAAAGAUUGACUUGUGUUGCA